GUGUUGGGUCUGAUGUAAGUGUGUAUAUUUCCUCAAGUGUCUGCAAGUUAUGUCUUCGCCUCUUUUCACGUGGAUGCUCCAAUCUGGUCGCCCUCUGACAACUGCACUUCUCACUCGCAAUUAUUUCUGGCGAAAUUCAGCCUCUUUCCUAUCGACAGUUCCCACUUCCACUAACACAGGAGUUGUGACUGAUUAUAGAAUCAGCACCCAAAGACGGUUGUUCCACUCAAGUUUGGUAUUUUUGAAAGACAAAAACAACAAGGGGAACGAGGGAGAGAACAUGGAUGAUCUACAGAAGAACCCUUAUUUUGACAAAUAUGCCGACAAGAUCGCGAAAAUGCAAAAGACCUCUCCAGAGGAGUUCUUGAACCGCUUGGCGGAUUUUGAGCAAAAGAAGAAAAGAUCUCCUGCUCCCGAGGGUGCUGAAAGUUCUCUGGCAAAAGAGUUCUCUCUCCCAACCAAACCCAAGAGGGAUAUUAGUCCGGGCUCCGUUGCAGCCAUGACCAAGGAAAAGAAGUUGAAUGACCGUAUGAAAGUGGAUUUACUGAUGGACAAAACGCCCGAAGAGAUUGGCAAGAUAUGGCGAGAGUUUCAUCUGACCAAAGAUUCCUUAUCCGCCGUCAUUCCAACAGACGUGUACAAACAGAUGGCAGAGCGCUUUGUGGAAUACAAGACUUUCCUCUUCCCCUUACCCAGAAAGCAAGGCUACGAGUUCAUUGUGGUUCAAUUUCUGGGCAAUGGUGCCCAUUUUACGACCCUCAUCAACUUCCAAGCUCAUGCGGAAAAUGCCCCUGAGUGUCUCACUCUGACCCAUUACACGGAUCUCGCGGAAGAAAAGGGCAUCGUUUUAAUGGUCGGCGAGUAUGAUCCAAAUGUCCUGACUCACUCAGAGUCGAGUUGCUUGGCAGUACAAAUGGUUCUUUACUAUGGUCUCGAUGACCCGAAAAUGGCCUCUCACCUGUACAGAUACACCUAUGAAACGGAUGAAUUCAAUGCCAUGGAUCUAAUCGCUGAGCUUGAGGUUUCUUCAUCUCGACUACCAAUUCUGACCCAAUUUUUUGACGGUGCCUGAGACGAUUCAAGAGGCACAAUGUUUGGCGAAUCAAGUGGAAAUGUACUACUGUAAUCCCUCCCAAGAGAAGCAAGACCUCAUGGAGAAAUUCGUGAAGAAGCCCAAUGAGUUCAAGCACAUGGAUCUUGUGGCUCAAGUUGAGACUAUGGCGCUUUUCACCAAACAAUAAAAGAUCAAACUCAG